AAGUUACCCACUAACAGUGCUCUGUCCCGCCGAGACACGUUAUACAUUAGAACACCUCUUUUGAGAAAACUGAAACCGAAAGUACACUGCUCAAGUUACCAGAAAUAUACACGUUGCAGCUCUAAAGGAUUUUCGCCGCCAUGACAGCUUAGACUAGUCAAGUCAAUCAUUUUGUGAGGACAGGAAACACUGCCGCUGAGUCAGCUAUGUCCAUCACUGGUCAAACAUAUACUGCCCCACCUCCCACACUUGCAGCUUUCCUUGUGGGAGAUGCCAUUGGAUUUGUACCAAAACCAUGGCCGCGAGCCAAGUUCAAAGAAGCUCUGGCCGAUACUCUCCACGUGUUUGGAGAUCCCUGGAUGAUAUGCGAGUGUAAAGAACCGCCAACACUUCACCAGGAAACUGCGGACGAACAGAGUUGGUUAGCUGUCACUAAAAUGUCCAUGGAAGUCAGGAAUGAAUUUAAUGAAAUGCGAAAUAGCAGGCAUAAAUCGGAACCAUGUAAAGCAUGCAAGGAAAUGAAAACGGAGAGCAUUGUAGAUGUGAUGUCAGAGAAAUGGGAAAAUGCCAAAAAAGAGGACGAUCACAAUACGUUUUGCCUGAUAGGAAUCACUGAGGAAGAAAAGAUGCCAGAGGUACUGUCGGAAAAAAGGGUACUACCUGACAGGUUUCAGCAAAUAUUUCAAGAAGUGAAAAAGAAAAAGUGUGAAACAGUACACGACACAAUGUUAUACUUGGAAGAAGAACUGUCUCAAACUAUGACUACGUCAUUGAAAUUGAACGACAAUGUAGGAAAGGAAUUUAAAAUGAAAAUACCAACCAUUGUUGUGGUGGUUGAGGGUGAUCUUGACACAAUUAACCACGUGGCCAGAGCUGUACAGAAAAACAUUCCAGUACUGUUGGUGCGAGGAUCUGGAAUGGCCGCGGACCUGAUUGGAUACUGUUCAGAAGAGGAGGAUGCUCUAGAGACGCGUGCACCCUUGCUGUUUGGGACAUGUUUCUCCAAGGAAGACUUCGAAAAGCUGGAAGAAAAUGUUAAGACUAUUAGGAAAAAUAGAAGCAAAAUUACUGAAUUUAAUAUAUUGACUGAGAGUGUGACGUCCUUGAAAGAUAAAGUGACAGAGAGUAUAAUUCGAAGAUGGGCCAUGGCUCAUGUUAGGGAAGGGAAAAGGGCUGCCACCUUCGCUACCACCUCCGCUGAGUAUCAACCAGACACAAGUCAUCUUGCCCUGUCAAAUGGUGUACCACUGCCAUCAACGUACACUGCUGAUCCCAGGAAACAGCCACAACGAAAAGCUAGUAAGAUUUGGCCAAUGUUGUCGAUAUCUGAUGAGGCUGUCCGCCCUAAAUCAAGUAGACCACAUCAGACACAGUCUUCGAAUUCGUCCUACAAUGGUAAAGAAAAGCAUACAUGUGUACCAAAUGAUGGAAAAAGAAACGUAAAACCUUCACCUCUGGCAAUAUACAUGCUCUACCAGAUACUUCAAACUAACCAAACACUUGUCACUGGCGACAACGUGGAAGGACGAGCAAGCGACCACUCUUCAAACGAUGAACUACUGAAGUCUGGCCGAAAUCUUCUGCGAUAUGCGCUUCAGGAAAACCUGUACGACAUCACUGAACUAUUGGUUGAUAAAGGAAUAACACUACAAUGGUCAGAUGGUGAAACAUGUAGAAGUUUUGAUAAAACAUUUCAAACUGGAAGAAAAACAGAUGGAAUGUCUCUAUAUGAAGAGAUAUGGAGAGAAAGAGAUGAGAAACAAGAUGAUCAGACGGGUUCCUGUACUGCAGAUAUUAUAAAGUUUCCUGAAGAUGACGGUUUCCCACAAGACAAAGAAGACGUAUGGAUGAUUGGAUGUGAAAUAAUAUCCUACAAAAUUGUCACAACGCCCUACCCUUCCACAAUUAAAAAACAAGUCAAGAGAAAAGAAAGAAACACAGAAAAAGAGAAAAAACGGGAAGAAAAAGAAAGAAAAAAGGAAAAAGAAAGAAAAAUCAUGACGCCUUCCGACUUACUCCUUUGGGCAGUCCUAACGAACAAAAAGGAGAUGGCAGAAUUAUUUUGGAAACGUUCUAAUGAGCCUAUCCUUACUGCUCUCAUUGCGAGUGCUAUACUGAGGAAGAUGUCAAGGAAGGCAAAUGCUUUAAAGGAAGAGGCUAUGGAAAAAGAACUUCUGUUACACUCACGCAUUUUUUGUCAGAGAGCCAUAGAUGUCACACAAAAGUUUUACGAAAACAACGAACAUGAAGCUAUCUUUGUUUUGGAACGAGAAAACAAGGUAUCUGUAUGGGGUAUUACAGAGAGCGCUCUUGAAUUUUCCCAAGCACAUAAUAUUCACAAGUUUGUUGCACACCAUGUUCCCCAGAGGAGCUUCAACAGGAUUUGGUAUGGCGGGGAUUUCUUUCACUCCAAAGAGUUGUACAAAAAAAAUAAGCGGCAAACGGCCUGCGGUAAGUGGCGGGUUUAUGAUAACAAAUCAUUCUUCUUGGCUCCAUUCAUGAAGUUUACUUACCACUACCUUUUCUUCUGCUUGUUCCUGGUUUGUCUGAGUGCUUUUGUCAUGACAAACAUUAAACAAACCAAAUGGCCAAUUGACGAGAAGUCAAUCUAUGAGUACUGCGCGUACCUGUGGCUGUUUGCAGAUAUUGUCGAGGAAUAUGUGCCACCGGCCGUCUACACGAUCGGGCAACGUUUGCACCCGAUGCAAUGGAGGAGAAGAGCCUGGAACCACAUGCACAACUUCUGGAAUGGAAUGGACGCUUUGUCGUACUUCGUCCUUAUCACUGGGAUAUGUUUCCGAUUUGGUUACGAAACAGACGAUUUUGGAAUAUCCAGACGAUUGUACAGCGUUGGUUUAUUUCUCAUGUUCAUGAGGUUUCUCCAUGUUUUACUGAUUAGGAGGAAGAUUGGCCCAACUGUCCUCAUGUUAAAAGAGGGGCUAAAAGAGCUGAUGCGAUUUGUGAUUAUCAUGGCGGUGUUUGUCUUGAGUGCUGGAGUAUUUUACCAUGCCAAUCUCUACCCAAACCACUACGACAUGUUCUCACCUCUUGGCAUGAGAUAUUGGAGUGUCUGGAGAAUCAUAUAUUACCCUUACUGGUCUAUUUACGGCGAGUUCAAAAGUGAAAUCGAAGGAGAGGAUUCAACUGGCAGCUGCAGUUUCAAUGAAACCGUCUACAUGAACGACCGCGACAUCGAGAGGUGCCCUGAAAAAGACUGGAUGGUCACCCUUAUGUCUGGAUUUUUCGUCCUGAUUCUGAACCUGUUAUUGGUGAAUCUUAUUAUCGCUAUGUUCAGUUUUCGAUUUGAGGAAAUAAAGAAUAACUCGGACCAGUUCUGGCGAUUCCAUAGAAGUCAGGUGAUCAUGGAAUUCCGACGGAGAGUCCCUGUGCCGUUUAACUUGGUGGUGUGGCCAUUAAAGAUGGUCAGAUACUGUUUUACAAAAAAGUGGAAAAAAGAGCAGAACAAAAAAGAUCUGAAAGCCAGGGCAAAACUUAACACCAAGCAGCAGAUAUUGGCACGUCGUUGGAUGUUAUCCGAAAGCGAUGCUCGGGAGUUCUAGCGCAAAUCACUAACGAAACACAAAAUGUGUAAAAAGGGUACAGCGGAAUGUUAUUCACAGAUACGGACAAGCCCUGGCUUCAGCCUUUAUGUGAGAACAAUCAAGUGUUCAAGAUAUCGUAAAAAAAUGGGAAAAUGUAAACAAAGGAGUAUGUACAUUGCAGUUUCUAUUCUACGUCAUAAUGCCGUAAAGAAAAUAGUGUUUUCCUGUUUUUAAAAUUACUCCGUACAGAAUAUUGUACUAAAGCUGUUUGUACAACAUUAGCCAUUUAAUAUCAUUUUUGAUAUACAUGAAGUUGAUGACUGCUUUUAAACAUAGAUUAGGCAUGCAUAGCAUUAGAAAAGAAAAGGGAAAUAACUUUCUUCCUUAGGUAUCUGAUUUAUAUAUUUGUUUGAUUUAAUUGAAAAGGUGAAUUUUACAGGGUUUUUAUUUUGUUUUUGUUUUGUUGUUUUUGUUUUUGGUUAUUUUUUAUCAUAUUAUUUUUCAAUGUAUACUUAGUUAUAUUUUAGUUUGUGGAUAUGAUUGUGAUAUUGUGUAAUAGUUCAUUAAGUUUCCUAGUUAUUGAUUGUGCAAUGUAAAUUCACAUAUAAAGCCUUAUUUUCUCUUUACAGUUGAGUAAGAUAGCAGCUAAUUCUUUUACGUGCGAAAGUACAAGCGCGAAAGCUCGAUCGAAAAGGUGGGGAGGGGUUUAACCACAUAUACCAAGUGUUUUAUUUCCAAAACACGAGUAAAAAGGCAAACUGCUGCAUUUGUUUUAAAACGUGUAUGAAUGAAACAUUGGGCCGUAUUUUUUUAAAUGAAAAAUAACAAAAACAAUCAGUUUCACCAACAAGUUUUUAAAUAAAACGUUAUACACGACAGGGAUGUCCAUAAUGCCGUUUUAAAAUUAAAAAGAAAAUUAUUAGGUUUUUCCUUGUUUUUCCAAGCUAGUUCCUUGUAUACGUCUUCUGACAAAGAUUAUCAACGUAAUUGAUUUAUAGGUUUAUAUGCACUUACUCUGGUAAGAUCAUUUGAGAUCAAAUGCUAAAUGUCAAAAGUUACAAAAUGGUUGCAAAUGCAAGGAUGGACAUAAAAAAUGAAACGCCUUGCUGAUUUUGGAACAGAGAAAAUUGUUUAAUGGAGAUCUUUAUUAUACUGAACGUUUGAAUACCAUAUAUCCAUCUCCUUACCUCAGUCAGUAUCAUGCGCGUGAGAUAAUUAAAUGAAACUUGUGCAGCAUUUAUCAAACUUCAGGUUGUUUUUGGUAAGUUAAGGUUUAUAUGAACCUCACCUGCUGCGCGUGACAGACAAAUUGUCAAGAGGAAGUAACUCCUGUGAACAAUCGCGUCCGAACUAUGGAGACGGUGACAAAGUCGAAAGCAUACGUUCUGAUUAAAGUUACAGAGUUUUAACAGUUUUGUGUACUUCAUAGUUUCAUCGGGUAACGAAUCUUAGUUAAUAUAUAAUUUCAUAUUUGUCUGAAUUUUAAAAGUGCUGACAGAAUGAACAAUUGAAAUGUUAAUAUAUAUCUAAUGUAUGUUUACUCAUUUAAUCAUUUAAUCAUUUAAUUGUUCUACAGUUAAAACUUACAAGAACAAAACUUCUGUUGUAUAACGCAGCUUAUUACGUGCAUAUCAGUCUAUUCUGGAUAAAUAAAGUUCUUAACUUUCAAUAAGUACUUAAUUUGUCAUACAAGUGCUAUUAACUGUAAAAGAACACUACGUAUUGGAAUUAUUUGCCUAACCGCAUUCAUGUAUUAAAAACACCUUCUUGACGUGUUAUGAUGAUUUUGCGCAUGUGCAAGCUGUCGUAAAAUACUUACGCGACGUUGCUUGAACCAACUCUAAAGCGUAAUCUUUCCAUAAAAAGGCGAGUCAAUACAUCUUUUUUUACAGAGAUACACAGUCGUUAUGACUAAAUGCUUUUGCGUCAGAUGCAUUUCCCCUCCUGUAUAUUCUCUAUAAGCUUAAUUAUAUUAACAAACUAAUUCAAAUUUCAACAGUUUUAAAAUUAUGUCAUUUUAGAUGCGAUAGUGUGUUUUUCAUUUAAAAAAUUUAAUUUAAAAUUGAAAAUGUAUAUGUGUAUUUUAGCUGAAGAAUAAUGUGAUGUAUUACAGAUUUAAAAUUAUUUUUACAAUGUAAUUGACCUUUAUGCUUACUGGAUUCUAUACAAGCAGCCCCAGAACUGUUAUACUGUAUUCAAUACACCUGGACAUGAAUAAGCAGAAGGCAAACAUGAUAGUGACAAAAAUGACAUCAAGCCGUCAUUACUACAAAGAACAAAGCGGUUACAAUGUACCUUGACGUACACGAAACUCAGAUCAAAUUCGUCAUUUCGUAAGGAAAUAAGAAUUUUAAUCAUUCCUUUUUAGUGUCACAAUAACACGUUAGUCCACAGGGGAUCCUAAAAAUAGGACUAAUUGACAUAGAAGUUCAACCGUCUUCUGUUUCAUCGAAGUAACCCUCCAUGUAAAGCUAGGUCACAUAUAAGUUAGUCAUGUCUUCAUAGCUAGGGUUGUGACAUUAAAAAACAUUUAAUUCCAAUGAGCAUAUUACAAAAUCGCACAAACAAAGAGAAUAUUUCCGAAUGAGACUUUAAUCCGUCGAGUAUAUGAUUAUUUUAAUUUAACUUCCUUCCAGUGAACGUGAUCAUAAAUUAAAUAGACAUGCCCAGUGUUCGUGAUCAUAUCUGAAUUAUACCCGUCCAGUAUCUAUGAUCAUAUCUGAGUUAUGCCCGUCUAGUGAACGUGAUCAUAUCUGAAUUAUGCCCGUCCAGUGUUCGUGAUCAUAUAUGAAUUAUGCCCGUCCAGUGUUCGUGAUCAUAUAUGAAUUAUGCCCGUCCAGUGUUCGUGAUGAUAUAUGAGUUAUGCCCGUCCAGUGAACGUGAUCAUAUCUGAAUUAUACCCGUCCAGUGAACGUGAUCAUAUGUGAAUUAUACCCGUCCAGUGUUCUUGAUCAUAUAUGAAUUUUGCCCGUCCAUGUCUCGUCAUCAUAUCUGAAUUAUGUCCAUCCAGGGCUCGUGAUCAUAUCUGAAUUAUACCCGUCCAGUGUUCGUGAUCAUAUAUGAAUUAUGCCCGGCCAGUGUUCGUGAUGAUAUAUGAGUUAUGCCCGUCCAGUGAACGUGAUCAUAUCUGAAUUAUGCCCGUCCAGUGUUUGUGAUCAUAUAUGAAUUUUGCCCGUCCAGGUCUCGUGAUCAUAUCUGAAUUAUGUCCAUCCAGGUCUCGUGAUCAUAUCUGAAUUAUACCCGUCCAGUGUACGAUUACAUCCUGAGUGAAAUAUUUUAUUGACCAGGUUUUGCACUGUCACAUGGAUUCAUCUUGCUUUCAGUAUUACACAAACAUAAUAUCGUAUGUCAUAUUGUUUUCUAUGAUAAUUCAUGUUAAGUUAUUUCGUUAUUAUGUAUAUAUCGCAACAGGAUUUAACAUAAGUGAGUUGUGUCAUACUUAAAUGUGUACUGUAGUAGGUAAUGAAACCGAAACAAAUUGACACUACGUUGAUUCUUAUAAUUCAUUCGAAAGUUCUCUCUCUUGUUUUAGUUGAAAAUAUUUGAUGUUUACAUGAUGGAGACGUUCUGAGGCUCCUCGAACUGCUGCCGUAUGUUGAAACUAGGGAUUGGAAACUUCCUUUCCAGCUUUACUACAGCUUUAUUAAAACGCUCAUAAAAAACCCAUACCUUUACCAUCAAUAAAAAUGUUUGGACUGUAAAAUUAAAGCGGGGCUAGACCGGGACUCGAAAAAUGGACUUCAGAUUGCUAUAUUGUAGCUCUGACCGACAUAGGUACUUGCUUAACGGAAGUGUGCUGCCAAACUUUGCCACAAUAACAUGUAUAUCAUGUAUAUUAAAGCGGAAAUUUAGAGGGGGUGGGCGUGGGGGUUAGGAGGUGUUAGUGAAAAACAACAGUGUAGUGGGACAGGGAUUCUAAAAGAAACUGUGUUGAGUAUUUGACUUGGAGAUCACCAUUGAUGUAUAAUUACUUAUAAUUGUUAAAUUAUUUAUGUGGGAUUUAUAUAUUUGCAUAUAACUUACACUAGUAAGAGUGCUGAAGGCUCUGUACUGUAUUUUGUGUAGAAAACUACUUGAAGAAUCUAUGCUUUAUUUUAUAAUAAUCACUGAAAGUUGUGAAAUUUUCACAUAAAGGUCAUGUCCUGGCGCUCUCCUUUUGUCUUUUGCUAAUCAAAUACAUAUUGCUGGAUAUUUUUUAUAUAAAUAAACCCUUAAAUUAUCAUUACCAGUAUAUAGUAGGAAGAAAAUGUCUUCUGUUACUUAAAAAUCCGUCCGAAUUUCUGUGCUCAGAGAAAUCUAGCUCGGAUAUUAUUUUUGUUAACUUAUGUCUUUUUUAUUAACAUACAUGUAAUAUUUAUAAAUUUGCAUUUUAUAUUAUUUUGAAUAUUUUCUUAGUCCUUUUUUUGUGUGAAAUGCUUUGCUGUUGACUUACUAAUAAAAUCUCUG